AUGCCUCCUCGAGGGAAGAAAACUAAAGGCAGCGCGCGCGCGCCUUCGACACCAGCCGGUGAUGACGAUAUAGUUGCCACUGCUCUUCCGCAGACAGAAAAAUCAGCUUCAAAUACACCUAAGCCUGCCUACAACAUUCUAAAUGACCCUUGGACGGAUGAGCAGGAGACGUCGCUAUUCAAGGGAAUUAUCAAAUGGAAGCCGGCAGGCAUACACAAGCAUUUUCGCAUGAUCGCAUUAUCAGAACAUCUGCGAAACCACGGCUACGAUCCUGCAGUUGAGCAACAUACACGCAUCCCAGGAAUAUGGCAGAAACUACGCACAAUCUACAACCUGGAUGUCAUCGACGACCGCGAGAACUCCUUCGAGUAUGAUGACCCAGACAAAUUCCUCGACUUCAAGCUCCCGGAGAAGGAAUAUGGGGAAGCUAUGUUUAUGAAAGGUCGAAGAAGCGCAGCUCAAGAAAAGGCCAGCGAGGCCCCAUCUUCUCCUCCGCAGCUAGGACGAUCAUCAUCUCCACCUGUAUUGACGAAGCGCAAGAGGGCAGAAACUGUGACUGUGAAGAACAGAGCGGGCACCGGGGAUACGGAUGGCACCAGGACGUCUCCCGCGCUGUCUCCUCCGCCAAAGGCUAUUCGGGUAGUAAAGAAUACGAAUAAGCCUAUAGGGAGGCUGAAGGGUGCUUCUGCCGCUAGCUCGAGACGGCAGAGCAAAGAAACGACUGCCACGGCGGAGACUGCAGACGAGGACGAGGGAGGUGAGGAGACCGAGGGAGCCGUGGAAGACGAGGGGGAGGAUGCCGAGGAAGAGGAUGGGACGGCUUCUCCAAAGCCUUUGAAGGCUGCAAAAGCCAAGCCAGAUCCUCCUACACGUAAAAGUCGAAGGAAAAAGUAG